GCACCACAGAUCAACACACUGAAAAUAAUACUCUAUUAGAAAAUGAGGAAAUUGAAGAAAUUGUUGCUAAAUUACUAGAUGAAACUAAGGAGAAUAAUAAAUUAAUAGGACAGGAAGAUGAGGACAAAGAUGAAGUACCUGAUUUACUAGUAGUAGCAACUGAAGCAUAUGAUACAAUGCAAACUAUUAUUUGUUAUGAAGAACAGGAGAGUUCAGAGUCAAACCUCUCUUUUGAAGAAUUAGAAUUUUUAAGAAAACUACUCAAGAAAUAUAAAUAUGUACAUGAAAAGUCAAAAAAACAAACCAAAAUUACUAGUUUUUUUAAUCUUCAAGAUUCAUAUUCAUAUUCUCAAGAUUCAUCUCUUCAAGACUUAUAUUUUCAAGAUCCAUAUUCCCAAGAUUUAUAUUUUCAGAAUUCAUAUUCUUAA